AUGUCAACCCCUUCAACUGCCACGGCCACGCACCCAUCGCGUCACCCACACUAUGGCUACCCGCACCACCAGACCUACCACCAGUCUGCCUCCACUGCGUAUCCUUCGUCGUCUGCUGUGACCGCUGUCUCUGCAAGCUCCUCUCGUCUGGCCAAUUCCUACUCCUAUCCGACAGCUACGGCAACCUCCUCCCAGCCCAAUAAUGCCACUCUUCCUCUCCCCGCUCCGUCAAAACCCGCCUCUUCUUCCUCCAUAAGCCACCAUCAGGCCAAUAUGGCGCUCUACCAGUCCCAGCCCUCCUCUGCUACUACGCUACCUACUGCCCAGAGCCGGCGGAAAAAGCCUGACUGGGCCGAGUUCUACAAGAACGGAGUGCCAAAAGAAAUAAUCGUAAUUGACGAUGACGACGAUGUCAACCCCAAUGGCAUCAACAACCAAGAAAACAACGCAACAAUUUCCACACGCCAAAAAUUGCCACUCUCACAUAUCACUGCGCGGUCUGGCAUCGCGUCCGGCAUCAAUGGCGCUGCCCACCCUGCCCCCGCAACCAAAAGAAGACGCACCGGCAUGGAAACCGCUAUUGAUAUGUCCUACUACGACCGGCCUGCGUUCUCUAUCCACCCCCAGCAAUACGGCGAAGAUUCGUCAGGCACCUCCAUCUCCACGGAUCGAACUACCUCUCUGCACACCACUGCCCCGACGUCAAUGGGCUCUCACGGUAGUGCCGCGUCGAACAGUUUAUAUUACGACGACGCCGCUGCCAUUGGCCAGAAGCGGAAGCGGGUGGUGACGCGCAAAUCUGCCCGUGAUGAACAGAAACGGAGGGAGUUGGAGGUUUCUGGCGAUGCAUUUAGCAGUUAUAUACCCCCUCCAAAACCGCCUAUAAAGGCCAAAGAUGUGACUGUACCGGUGAUCCGAGAUUACAAUCUUCCUAAAAACCAAAAGGUAGACGACGAUGAUGGACACUACAUAGUCACCCCAGACACUGAUUUAACAGAGAGAUACUCAAUUAUCAAACUACUCGGUCAAGGGACCUUCGGAAAGGUCGUGGAGGCGUAUGACAAACAUAAAAAGACACGCUGUGCCGUUAAGAUCAUCCGAUCCGUGCAAAAAUACAGAGAGGCUUCACGGAUCGAGCUGCGGGUGCUCUCCACGCUUGCCUCCAACGACAGAACCAAUCGCAACAAAUGCAUCCAUCUCCGGGACUGCUUUGAUUUUCGGAAUCAUAUCUGUAUCGUGACGGAUCUGCUGGGCCAGAGCGUCUUCGACUUCCUCAAAGGGAACGGAUUCGUUCCCUUCCCAAGUAGCCAGAUCCAGAACUUUGCUCGACAGCUCCUUACCAGCGUUGCCUUCCUCCACGAUCUCAAUCUGAUCCACACUGAUCUAAAGCCCGAAAACAUCCUCCUAGUCAACAAUGCCUACCAGACUUUCACAUACAACCGAGCCAUCCCAUCAUCUUCACAUACCUCCUCUCGCAACGCCCGUCAACGGCGCGUCCUCCUAAAUAGCGAGAUCCGGCUCAUCGACUUCGGAUCUGCCACCUUCAAUGACGAGUACCACUCAUCUGUCGUUUCGACACGCCACUACCGCGCUCCGGAAAUCAUCCUGAACCUAGGCUGGAGCUUUCCCUGUGACAUCUGGAGCAUUGGCUGUAUCCUCGUCGAGUUUUUCACAGGUGAUGCCCUCUUCCAAACACAUGAUAAUCUCGAACACCUGGCUAUGAUGGAGAGUGUCUGUGGGGGCAAGAUCGACGCGAAAAUUGUCAAGCAGGUAAUGCAGGGCCGUGGUGGGAGUGUGAAUGCAGCCGCUAAAUACUUCAACCGAAGUAAACUCGACUAUCCCAAUGCGGAAACAUCCAAAGCAUCAAAGAAAUACGUCCGUGCUAUGAAACCACUCCAUGAAUUCAUCCCCGCCACAACAAACUUCAACAAGCACUUCCUCGACCUGCUCCGCCGCAUCUUCGUCUACGAUCCCAAAGCGCGCAUCACCGCAAAACAAGCGCUCAAACACCCGUGGUUCAAAGAAUCGAUCAUAGACGACGGCACCGAGGCGCUGAGGAUCGGGCAGCAAAUCCGCGAUGAUCUUGCCGCGACGUCAAGGUCUGCUUCGUAG